GAAAAUAAUUAACAUCAGGUACCACGUCGGGGCAAAGGAGGGUUGAAUUGAAAUUUGUAUUUACAUUAUGUGCUGAAUGAUUUUAAAAUGAUUUAAGCAAAGACUCAUUAUCUGUUUUCAAUAUUGCAUCUAAGUAUAUGUGUCUCACUCCUUUUAUUCUUCUACUAUUUUAUUUUUCUCUGUCUUUCUACGUUACGAAAGUAUUUAUCACUUGCAAUAAACAGCAGCGAGCGAUUUAUUUUAUUAAUCACUGGACGCUCCGCUAUCGCUAGCAAUAAGACCGGAGCCUAACAUUGUUUGCCAAGCUACAAUUGUUUGUAUAAAAAUGUCCACUUUGAAUUCAUCGAGCCAGUCAGUAGCGUAACUACUACAAAAUGCGGUGGUUCAUCCUCCUGUGUGCGGCGGCGUUCCUCAACAAUGCGGACGCGCAGAAUCAAAUCUGGGAGUUAAACAGCAGCCUAUCCGACUUGUUCGUCGGACCAGACUCCGCCGUUCAUUGCCAGCUCACCAACCCUUCUGGAAACAUCGUCUUUGACGACUUCGGGCCGUGCAGGGUAAACAUCGACCGGGUGACGGAGCAACACAGUGGGCUGUGGACCAUGAGCAUAAUCCAGCAGAAUAAUGUGUUGGCUGUACGGCAGAGUUUUACUGCGCAGGUUACUUCUUCAGCCGCAGACUCCAAGCCCACGGUAUCAACAAGCGUGCAGCAAGAGAAGCCCGUAAUAAAGCUCCUCUGCUCCAUGGCAAAUGCUGAGCUGGUCACAGCCUGCGUGUUCAGAGAUCCGUCUGGGCGGGUGCUGCAAGCUCGCCAGGGUGUCUCUGAGGACCGAUACAGCUUCAUUGAAAGUUUAUCGGCCGGUGUGCAAAGCUGCGGUAUUGAGAUCAACGGACCCCUGGUUUCUGACCUGGGUUUGUGGCGCUGCGACCUCCAAACCACUGCAGACACCUACUUCGGACAUCUCACCGUUUUAUGUCCCUGGGCCAUGCAAGAUCCGGAAAUUGCGGCGGCUGUCAUAUCAGUUCCCACUCUGACCAGUCAGACCAAGGAUCAGGUGGUGAGUGAGGGAGACAGCGUGACGAUGUCCUGCUCCAUCCAGACCGCCAUACGCUACUGCUAUUUCCGAGCGAGGAACGGAACCAUCUUCAAUGUAAGGCCUGGUAUGACCUCCUCCUCCGUGGAGUAUGUAGGAGCCGGUCUGGGGGCAGGAGAGUGUGGCAUCCGCUUUCCUUCACUCUUCGCGUCUGACAGUGGAACCUGGAGCUGUCACGUCGGCUUCGCAGACUCCAGCGAGGAACAGCGCGUGCAGUUCUCCAUUCAAGUGCAAGAACCGAUAUCUGCCAGCCAGUUCGUUGAAUGCAACGAGUUGGUGAUAGCAGGAGUAGUUAACGGACACCCCGCCCUCGACUACUGCAGGUUCGUCCGCAUAGACGGACUAGGAUUCACUUCUGAGAACGUGCCAGCCGGUUACACCGACAGCAGUUCUCUCAGCCAGGGUCACUGCAAGAUCCGCAUGGCAAUGCCUACGAUUCUGGAGCAUCACGCAUGGACCGUAGUGGCCAAGGUUCGAAGCCAGGACAACGAGCUCAGUCAGUCCACUGACCAUACUAUUGAGAUGCCCCCACCAGAUGGCCCCGUGACCUGGUGGAUAUACGUGAUGAUAGUCUUGACACUAGUGGCGUUAGUGGGCGCGUUUGCCUUCAAACGCAACAGGCGCUGGGCAUCAGAGACCGCUACCGGCAUUCGCGACAGCUUCAGAAAGAACAAAUACCCUGAGCAGGAGAAACCGCCUCUACCAGCUUAAUGUACACCUACUUACCUACAGCUUAACCAUAUCCAUAUAUUAUGUAUACGUGAUGCUAGGAGUAGCACUGAUAGCGUUAGUGAUGGGCGCGUUUGCCUUCAAACGCAACAGGCGCUGGGCAUUCGGGGCAGCUUCAGGAAGAAGAAAUACCCUGAGCAGGAGAAACCGCCUCUACCAGCUUAAUGUACACCUACUUACCUACAGCUUAACCAUAUCCAUAUAAGUAUACGUGAUGCUAGGAGUAGCACUGGUAGCGUUAGUGAUGGGCGCGUUUGCCUUCAAACGCAACAGGCGCUGGGCAUUCGGGGCAGCUUCAGGAAGAAGAAAUACCCUGGGCAGGAGAAGCCGCCGCUACCAAAUAAACUUACAUACCAAUGUCUAUGGUAUGACAAAUGAAAAAUCUUCGUCACACCAACUGGUAAAGGCUCCCCACAAGAGUGCAAAGUAAUUUCAUAGAAAUUUUGAUGCACGAAAGGGUUGGACUAGGGUUGAUCUUUAGAUGAAAUGCUAAUUUAGAAUCAUAAAUGUUUUAAGAAAAUAUGAAUGAGAUUUAGUUUGAAGGUUUGGUGUGGUGAAAAAUGUUGUGUUUCAGUCAGUGGCAAAAUUUGUUUAACCUAUUUCGUGCCUUGAAACCCUCACAAUGUUUUGUAAUUUCUCUUUCUUUGCCCCCUUGUAAAUAAAACAAAACACUGUUUGUUUGUUUUCAAAAGUUUAGUAUCCCCCCCCCCUCGUCUGAGGUUGAGUUUUUAAUGGAGUUUGAGAAUUAUUUUUUCUGCUGCUAAUUCUGUCCGUUUUCAUUGAUAUUAAAUAAAUAUUAUAAAUUAAAUAUAAAUUAACUAUGUAUUUAUAAACUGUGAUAGGUAAAUUGACAAUAAAACAUGUAAACACAAUGCAAAUAAAUUAUUAUACCAUGA